AUUUAGCAGCCGGAAGUGUCAGUGUGAAUCCAGUCGUCAGGAGAAUGGCUGGGCUGCUGAAGAAGACGACUGGCCUGGUCGGCCUGGCAGUGUCCCAGAAUCCACAUGAGCGUCUCAGGAUUCUCUACACAAAGAUCCUGGCAUCCCUGCAGAGCAUGCCGCAGGAUGCUGCCUACAGGAAGUACACCGAACAGCUGGUUCAGGAGAGGUUCAGCCACGUGAAAACGGAGCCCGAUGUUGAGAAGCUGGAGAAGAAAAUUAACUGUGGUCAGAUUGAAGAGGUCAUUUUCCAGGCCGAGUGUGAGCUGGCUCUGUCCAGGAAGAUGUCGGAGUGGAAGCCAUGGGAGCCGCUGAUAGAUGGGCCCCCCCCCAACCAGUGGAAAUGGCCCAUCUAAGUGUCCAUGUUUAGUGUUUAUACUGCCACCUGUGCUUCUAAUGAAGAACUACAUUAAAGUCCUGUAAAUAAUG